GCCUACCCGGAGGAAAGGAGUCGGGGAGGGGAAAGCGAGGACACACCCGCACAUACUGUACCGGGUGUACACGGCGAGGAUGCUGCAGACAACAUGAGGUGAAUAUCAUCGACUGCCCCACAUUGGAAUUUUUUUUUUGUUUUUAAGGAAGACACAAGAGCUGAUUGUCGCAGCUGGUUAUUCACCUCUGUGGUACCAGUGUCCAGCAGGAGCAUCACAUCAGAUAUGAAAAAGAUGUCUGCAGUCCGAUCCUAGGUGACAUCCUGUGGCCGUCAGGUCUUUACGGUGUUGAGCCCCCUCCCUCUCCUGGCCCCUGCCUGCAGUUCUCCAGGCUGCAGGACCCAGACUCACUGAAAAGUGCAGGACUCCUCCCCCUGCAGAAUGACUGUUGCCACAGGCGACCCCUCUGACGAGGCGGCUGCGCACCCGGGGCACCCGCAGGACUACGACCCGGAGGCCGACCAUGAGUGUUGCGAGAGGGUGGUCAUCAACAUCUCAGGGCUGCGCUUUGAAACUCAACUCAAAACCCUCUCCCAGUUCCCGGAGACUCUGCUGGGGGACCCCAAAAAGAGGAUGCGCUACUUUGACCCGCUGAGGAAUGAGUACUUUUUUGACAGGAACAGACCCAGCUUUGACGCCAUAUUGUAUUAUUACCAAUCAGGGGGUCGGCUAAGAAGGCCGGUCAACGUCACCCUUGAUAUUUUCUCAGAGGAGAUCCGCUUCUACGAGCUGGGCGACGAGGCCAUCGAGAUAUUCAGAGAAGACGAGGGUUUCAUCAAGGAGGAGGAGCGGCCUCUACCUGACAAUGAGUUUCAGAGACAGGUGUGGCUGCUGUUCGAGUACCCCGAGAGCUCAGGUCCUGCUAGGAUUAUCGCCAUAAUCUCUGUCAUGGUCAUUCUGAUAUCUAUUGUCAGUUUCUGCUUGGAGACCCUCCCCAUUUUCCGCAAUGACGAAGAUGAUAUGCACAAGUCUCACUCGAAAGUCUAUUCACCUGAGACCAACACCACAAUCAUCAGCUAUACAUCCACCUACUUCACCGACCCCUUCUUUAUCCUGGAGACUCUCUGCAUUAUAUGGUUCUCCUUUGAAUUUCUAGUGCGCUUCUUCGCCUGCCCCAGCAAAGCAGGCUUUUUUGGUAAUAUAAUGAACAUUAUUGAUAUUGUUGCUAUCAUCCCUUACUUCAUCACGCUCGGCACAGAGCUCGCAGACAGGCCAGAGGAUGGUCAAGCGGGUCAGCAAGCCAUGUCCUUAGCCAUUCUCAGGGUCAUCCGCUUAGUACGAGUCUUCAGAAUUUUCAAGCUCUCACGUCACUCCAAGGGGCUUCAGAUUUUGGGUCAAACCCUGAAAGCCAGUAUGAGAGAGCUCGGCCUGCUCAUUUUCUUCCUCUUCAUAGGAGUCAUCCUCUUCUCAAGCGCCGUCUACUUUGCCGAAGCAGACGAGCCCGAGUCGCAGUUUGAAAGCAUCCCAGAUGCAUUUUGGUGGGCGGUGGUGUCCAUGACGACAGUCGGCUAUGGUGAUAUGGUCCCAACUACGAUUGGUGGCAAGAUUGUGGGUUCCCUCUGUGCCAUCGCAGGUGUGCUGACCAUCGCCCUGCCCGUGCCUGUCAUUGUGUCCAACUUCAACUACUUCUACCACCGUGAGACUGAAGGGGAGGAGCAGGCGCAGUACCUGCAGGUCAACGUGCCCAAAGCUGAUUCAGCCGAGGAGCUGAAGAAGAGCCGGAGCGGCUCCACCAUCAGUAAAUCGGACUAUAUGGAGAUCCAGGAGGCUGUGAACAACAGCAACGAGGACUUUCAGGAGGAGAACCUUAAGACGGCCAACUGCACGCUGGCCAACACAAACUAUGUAAACAUCACCAAAAUGCUCACAGACGUGUAGUCGUCUGCUGCUUUCCUCCCUGUCACAGCGGGAAAUGUGGAGCCGAGCAACCGGAUGGGACAGGUGUACAGCCUCCCACCUCACGUGUGCUGGAAAAAUCAAGGCAAUAGAAUUCAGGAUGUUGAUGAUGAUAGACAGUGAACAAGAAAAAAAAAAAAUUACAAAGACCAUCCGCUCACUCCUCGCUCAUCCUGUCUUCACCCCUCACAACUUGCCCUUAAAACUCCUGAAAAACUGUCAGAGUGGAAUUUAAAAUUUUGCAUUUCUGCAUGGAGUUGGCUUUUAUGUGUGUGUGUGGCUGUUUCAAAAAAAAAAAAAAAUUAAUGAUUAAUGAUGCCUAAAAAAUUUCCCGCUCACAACAGUAGCCAACAGUAGUGCACAAAAAGAAAAAGGGAGAAACACAGCAAGAAAAAAAAACAAAGUAUUGCUUUCGAAAAGAAAAAAAAAAAAAAGCAACACAACACAAUCCCUGCUUUAGUCCCCCCGUCCCCUCAUUUCCCAAGGCACACUGCUCUGCCAUGCGCUUUCUGAAGAGCCCUACUCGCGCGCUACAUAUGCUGCUUCCUGGAGCCAAUGAAACAAAACUGUCUUACGCUACACCAUUUAGAAAUAAGAGGAUGUGUGAGCAUAAAGCGAGCCCACUCCAGCGCUGAUGUGGCCCGUGGGUGACUUGUGACGAGGUUGGUGGUUAAGUACACCACGUUAUUUCAAGGGAUGAAUGACAGCCAUCGGCGCUUAGCUUAUGGUUCGACACCUUUUUUUCCCAGCAGACAUCAGUAUCUGAUGAAUGACUGAGAAUGGCCUUGACUUUUCACUGCUUUGGUCUUACAUGUACUGUAUGUAUUGCAAUGCAAGCUUUCCCCCGUCCAUUCACCCAAAACUGGUCUUACUGCAGAGCUUUGAGGACAACUUGAAUGUUUCUUCUUGUUUUGUUUGUUUUUCACAGUUUCACACACAAACACGGUACUUAUUCAAAUAGAUAGGUAGGUUAACUGUGAUUUUACUGAUAGCCUGUAGGUAGGUAGGUGCUGUUAGUAGUAAACAUAGUAGAUAAAUUGCAUGACAUUUUUAUCUGAAUGAGAAUUUCCACUUGUUUCUCGACUGCCACUUGCUUCAUCACACCACUGUAUAUUUGUCUGUACACUGCCUUCUAUACAAAUCCACACUUUUAAAAAGGAUGCCUGCAGGUAGCUGUUACAAGAACCUAAAGCUGUAUGUUAGGGGAUUUCUUAAGGAAAAACUAUAAGGCCAAAUCCUACACUUAAACAGGAUGCGGUGUCCUCGUCGAUAUUAACAUUCCAUGUAGAAGUCAUUGCGAUAAAACUUUUGCCAGGUCGCUGUAAACAGCUGAGCUGUGAUUUCAGGCGCACUCUACUUUUGGACAUUAAUCCCAGUUGCAGAUGUGAUACACUUGCAGCGCUGUCUUUUUCACGGGUUGUCACAUGAUUACGCCUUCAUGAUCAAAAUAGCAACUUAAGGAUUCAUGUAUAGAAUAACGCUUCCCCCUCGAACUGCCUUUUUAUCUGGGUUUACGCUAAUCUCCUAGUGUUGCAUGACCUCAAAAACAUUCCUAGAAGCAUGCAUUUAAGAUAAAAGAAGAAGCCAGACAAAAAGAAUUAUUACAAUAGAUAUACUUAUUUCUUAUAUAUAAAUAUAUAUAUAAAUAUAUGUAUACAGACAGGACACAUAUACAGUACACAUAUACUUUUAUCAGAGAAUUAAAGAACUUAAAAUAGCGAUGUUUAAGAGAAAGCGAGAGCCUUUCCACAAUGCGCAGAUCAUUGCCAUGUUUUUAUUUUUAAUGGUAAUUGCUGUAAGCACAGUUUCUAUGUUCUCCUGUUUCAGAGCCUGCUGAGAGUGCCAAAGACACACUCUUACUAGCCACCUAAAAAGCAUUUUAUUUACUAGUGAGUUUCCCAGCAAACCUGACACACGUUUAGAUCCAAAAAGUUUGCUUCACUCAGUAUAAAGAUGCCUUCUGUGAACGAUAGUUUGAAAGGCAGGGGCGUUGUUUCGAAACUGUGUCAUCCCCAACCAGAGUCUCUUAUCAGACAGAUUUUUAUUGGCGUUGAAUUGGUCAGAAUUUAAAUGGAGUCUGGCCAUCCUCUGAGAAGUCUUUGAUGCCAGAAACUCAAUCUGUCUUUUAAAAGUUGGCAUCAAAUGUGAAUUAGGUUCUGAUUCUAGGAUUGUGUCCAGCUGAGAUUUAUCCACCGUCCGCUCAACACUGCCAAGGUAACAGUCAAAGGCAGUAACGUCAAUAUGGGAAGUGAUAAUUAGCAGCAGUGUAGCAGAUACUGGCUAACCUAGGGGUCCUCUGACUUCUCUCCUGAGGCUCUUACCUUUCUUUGUCUCUUCACGGAUGUCUUAGGUAAUUAGAGAGGUGAUGGAUUAGGAGAAGGUCCGUAGCAAGAAACUGUCGAAAUGAAUUCUGUCAUGCCAGGAUGUACAUCUUUAUUCUUAGGGUUUCAUUCUGCUCACUACAGUCUUUAACCUGCAGUAGCACGAUAUUUUUACACCAUCGCUGCCAACGUGUGCUCAGGAUGCCUUGUCCAACUGCCUGACAUGAGGCUUCUGAAGUCUUCUCUCUGUCCAGACCUGUGUAUGCUUUCACGUACCCUGAAAGGGUUUUUAGAGAAUUUUAGUAAAUUAACAGGAGCAGUGUAUAUGCGUUGCUUUCCCAGGAGUAGCAUGAAGGUGGAUCUAGAUGUUAAAAUGGUCUGUAACUGGAGGUAGGACCUGAUUAAAUAGUUGUUUAGCAAUAUUACCAUAAUUCUUUGGAGGAGGGGUCGUCUGUGUGUGGAGGGCAUAGAUGUUUUAUUUUUUUUUUAAAGAAAGAAUGAACCAUAAGACCUCCACAGUCCAACCAAGAUCUUAUUGAUCAUCAGUUGAGUAUUGUUGUGGGUGUGUUGAUGCACAGCUAUGUAGGAGUUGUCUGUGCGUGUGUGUGUGUGUGUGUGUGAGAGAGAGAGAGAGAGAGAGAGAGAGAGAGAGAGAGAGAGAGAGAGUGUGUGUGAGAGAGAGAGAGAGAGAGAGAACCACUGAUUGUCAGUGUCUUAGCCUGGUUGUACAGCUGCAUUUAUGCAACAGCCAUUUGCAUAUAUCUGUAUAUGUGAAAAGAGAAACACUCACAGUCUGACCAAAAAUAUUUGUCUAUGCAUGCAGAUGCAUUGUAUCCUAUUGUCUUCAUUGCAUUUUUUGGCCAUAUAUUUAUGAUAAAUGUUGCAGAUACAUUCAACAUUUAUCUGUUGUGUUGGAAAUUGGGCACGUCACUGUACCUCAGCCAAAUUCACUGUAGCAACUCAUACACUGGAGUUCAAUGCAAGAUGCAGCCCAAUCGCCAGAAUCAGUCGGAAUUGUAUGUUUCUGCGGAUCACAGAUACGCAACAUUUGUACAUUAUGAUGUAGUGGAUAUGAUAAGAGUUAAGGGGUUUUUUAUGUGUCAACAGCACUGUGGUUAACAUGUGGUUAUGUUUAGACAGAAAAAACGCUUGGUGAUGGUUAGGUAAAGAUCAUGCAUGGCUUAAAACACCCAGUUAUAGUGGCACAAUUGCAGCUUGAAAUGCGCCAAAAACACCAGUUUUUUUUGGCCCAGUUGAUGCUAAAAAUGCAGCAUGUCUUACCAAAACAUGCCUGGUUUUGGUGGCACACUAGUGGCUGAAAAUGUGCCAAUGUCUCCCCAAAUAACACUUGGUUUGGGUGGCACAGUUGCAGGUAGAAAUGCCAUCAAUGUCUCAGUAAAAAAUACAUGAUUUUGAUGACACCAUUGUGGCUGAAAAUGCCCAAAUGUCUUGCUGAAAAACACCCUGGUUUUGUUGUUUGUUGGUCUUGAACAGUGGUCUGCAGAGGUCUGCAGAUUGGCAGCUGUCUCGCUUAUAUUGUACAUUUCUGCAGACCACAUAUAUGUAACAUUUAUUCAUUAUGAUGUAGUGGAUAAACCAAAAGUUAAGGGUUUUAAAUGAGUGGUUAUGUUUAGGCACAAAACCCAUUUGGUGAUGGUUAGGAAAAGAUCAUGUUUGGCUUUAAAACACCCCGUUUUGGUGGCACAAUCACGGCUGGAAAUGGUGCUGAUGUCUCACUAAAAAGCACCCAGUUUUGGCGGUGCUAUUGUGGCUGAAAAUGCGCUAAUGUCUUGCCCCAUAACACCCAGUUUUGGUGGCACAACCAUGGUUGGAAAUGCUGCUGAUGUCUCACUAAAAAACACUAGACUUUGGUUGCCCAAUCGUGGCUGAAUAUGUGCCAUGUCUCACUAAAAAAACACCUGGUUUUGUUUCUUGUUGGUCUUGAUCAGUUGUCUGCAGUGGUCUUCAGCUUGGCAGCUUUUCCACCAAAAACACCUGGUUUUGGUGUCACUAAAUUUGGCAAAUGUGUCACUAAAAAUCCCCGGUUUUGAUUGUUGAUCUGGAACAGUGGUCUGCAGCAGUCUGCAGCUUGACAGCUGUCUUGCGUAUAUUUUACGCCCUCCACCAUCCCCUCCACCUCCUGAUGAUAAAGUCAACUCCUAUACUAUGUCACUUUAGAAACACUGAUAUGAA